AUGGCCAGAGAGGUGUGGACCACGAAUUUCAAACCUAUACCAAAAUGGACACAUAUCCAAGAAACAUCGCAUGACCUCGACUGGGCCGAUCUAGUGACGUUAGAUCUUGGCACCUUCGAUGACCCCGGAGGUAAAGAGAAGUUGGCGGUUCAACUCUCUGAUGCUGUCAAUAAAAUCGGGUUUUUCUAUGUCACCAACUUCGGCCUGUCACAAGAACAGGUUGAUCGACAGUUCAGUCUAUGCAAGCAAGUAUUUGAGCUUUCGACUGAAGAGAAGAUGAAAUACCGUGCCGAUCUUGAAAAUGGAGGGUACAACGGCUACAAACCGUUCGGGAUACGAGACAUUAAGCCAGGGAUCAAGGAUAACACCGAGAUCUACAACGUUCCCAAGUUCAUCCCUGAUUACGACCGUGAACAUCCGCAGCUCAUCAAGGAUCACUGGGAUGAGAUCGAGCAUUUCGCCCGUCACAUCCAUUCGCAGAUAGUGGGCAAGUUAUUAGUUUUAUUUGCGAUCGUCCUGGAAUUGACGGAAGAUUAUUUUCUGAAGAACCACCGGUACGACAAGAAGAGUGACGAUCAUCUCCGAUGGAUGAAAUACCAUAAGCGAACCCCGGAACAGAAUGACGCAUUGGACAAUGUAUGGGUCAAGGGACAUACCGACUUUGGGAGCCUGACGCUUUUAUUCCGCCAACCUGUAGCAGCUCUCCAAGUACGCACACCCGAGGGAAAAUGGAAGUACGUGAAGCCCUACGACGGCAGUAUCACGGUCAAUAUUGCGGAUGCCCUGCAAUUCCUGACGAACGGGUUCCUGAAAAGCAGUAUUCACCGUGUGGUCGCGCCGCCACCAGAUCAAGCAAACAUCGAUCGCCACGGGGUGCUUUACUUUGUCCGCCCGGAGGAUGAUUUGGAGCUCCUGCCUGUCAAGAGCGCGGUGCUGCAGAAGCUGGGUUAUGAUCGUUCACUGGAUCAAUCUACUGUUGGUUUGACAGCCGGGGAGUGGGUGAAAGCGCGGGUGGCGAAGAAUGUAAGUAGGGCUGCUGCUGACGAUGAGUCGAUUGCGAAGGGCCUUAAAGCUAAGUACUAUGACUGA